GUCCGGCCGCCUGCUCGCUGCGGCUCGUCAUCCCUGCGGUCCCAGCCUCCACGGGCCGGGACCACCGCUGCCGCCGCAGGACGGGGAGGCGGGCCAUGGCGUCCUGCGUGGGGAGCAGGACCCUGAGCAAAGAUGAUGUGAACUACAAGAUGCAUUUCCGGAUGAUCAACGAGCAGCAAGUGGAGGACAUCACCAUCGACUUCUUCUACCGGCCGCACACCAUCACCCUGCUCAGCUUCACCAUCGUCAGCCUCAUGUAUUUUGCCUUCACCAGGGAUGACUCUGUCCCAGAAGACAACAUCUGGAGGGGUAUCCUCUCUGUUAUUUUCUUCUUUCUUAUCAUCAGUGUGUUAGCUUUCCCCAAUGGUCCAUUUACUCGACCUCAUCCAGCCUUAUGGCGAAUGGUUUUUGGACUCAGUGUGCUGUACUUCCUGUUCCUGGUGUUCCUCCUCUUCCUGAACUUCGAGCAGGUUAAGUCCAUAAUGUACUGGCUAGAUCCAAAUCUUCGAUACGCCACAAGGGAAGCAGAUGUCAUGGAGUAUGCUGUGAACUGCCACGUUAUUACCUGGGAGAGGAUUAUCAGUCAUUUUGAUAUAUUUGCGUUUGGACAUUUCUGGGGCUGGGCCAUGAAGGCCUUGUUGAUCCGUAGUUAUGGUCUCUGCUGGACAAUCAGCAUUACUUGGGAGCUAACUGAGCUUUUUUUCAUGCAUCUCCUGCCCAAUUUUGCCGAGUGCUGGUGGGAUCAAGUCAUUCUGGACAUCCUCCUGUGCAACGGCGGCGGCAUCUGGCUGGGCAUGGUCGUCUGCCGAUUUUUAGAGAUGAGGACUUACCACUGGGCAAGCUUCAAGGACAUCCACACCACCACUGGAAAAAUCAAAAGAGCUGUCCUCCAGUUCACCCCUGCUAGCUGGACCUAUGUUCGAUGGUUUGAUCCCAAAUCUUCAUUUCAGAGAGUGGCUGGAAUAUACCUUUUCAUGAUCAUCUGGCAGCUGACUGAGUUGAAUACCUUCUUCUUGAAACAUAUCUUUGUGUUCCAAGCCAGUCAUCCAUUAAGUUGGUGUCGAAUUCUCUUUAUUGGUGGCAUCACGGCUCCCACAGUGAGACAGUACUAUGCCUACCUCACCGACACACAGUGCAAACGCGUGGGAACACAGUGCUGGGUGUUUGGGGUCAUUGGUUUCCUGGAAGCUAUUGUCUGCAUAAAAUUUGGACAAGAUCUCUUCUCUAAGACCCAAAUACUCUAUGUUGUGCUUUGGCUUCUUUGUGUGGCUUUCACCACCUUCCUGUGUCUGUAUGGCAUGGUUUGGUACGCAGAGCACUAUGGUCACCGAGAAAAGACCUACUCAGAGUGUGAAGACAGCACCUACAGUCCAGAUAUCUCCUGGCCUCACGGGAAAGGCACCAAAGGUCCUGAAGACAGCCCACCCAAGCAUCCAAGCAACAACGAAAGCCAUUCUUCCAGAAGAAGGAAUCGACAUUCCAAGUCAAAAGUCACCAAUGGAGUUGGAAAGAAAUGAAAGACCCUGGUUAAUUAAAGAUGUUCCAGAGAGUGCCUAGAACUGAGAAGGAAACUGAAUCGUUUGGACCUCCCUGCUAGGAGGUCAAAAGGCACAGUGCAGAUGGGAAGAGGAGAGGAGACUCUGGGGGUUGUUAUUUGAGAGUGUAAGUCUUGUUUCCCACACACCCGGCCACGUCAGGCAGAUCAGUGCCUGGGGUCCUUCGCCAGUCCGGGGUCUCUUCUAACUUUAGCACUUGGCAUGACGUCACCGGUAGCAGGUCAGUGAGUUCCAAGGAAAGGGUAGCUAUGUACUCACAGUUGCUGAGAGCAGCUUUGUGCUUGUGUGUACUGUGGAUGCAGGUUAAACAUCUUCAUUCAGGCGGGGCAUUAACCACACAGUUAGUGGACUGGUCUCCAGUUCGCAUUUUUAGGAAUCUGCCUUUCCAUGUGAUUGGUUUAAGUUCAGACCCCUUUUCCACCUUUUAUUUUGUUGUUGUCAUUUGUUUUUGAGUUAGGAUGUGUAAAAGCCUUCACAAGCCACUGCUGACAUUGAGCCGGGGGAGGGCUCGCCUCCCUUCUAGAGACAAAAAGGGAGGGCUUUCUUGCUACCCUUUAGCACCCUCACCCCCUUUAGGACCUUAAGCCACGUGGCGAGUAUAAACCAGUCCGAGGGAAGGUUAGCUCCCUACAUAGGACCUGGGCUUCAGACCAGAACCUUUUUUGUUCCAUUACGAAUGUCGUUUGUCCAGACUUAUCCACAGUGCACAGGAGUGAGCCUGCUCAAGGGGCAGAACCCACCGCUCCCCCUGCCGGGUCCCUGUUCCCUGGGGUCUGUGUUCCUCCAUGGUGUGUUGCUGACCUUGUCUGUUAGUCCCGUGUGAGGUGCUGGUGAGUAUUACCUGUCAUCGUGCCAUACUCUAGAACAUUUCCCUGAUAGUUCACCUCUGAUGGAUCCCUGUUUUAAAUAAAACAAUUCACAUAAAGCCCAUCAAAGAUCUGU